CUCCAUCGCGACCGCAACGCAGCGUUGGCGUCGUGCGACACCUUUCAUUGUAUUGACUAUUGACUGAUUCUGAACACAGAGAAUAAUGUAUAAAGUUAAUUUAUCGUGUUAUUACCUUAGUUUGUGUUAGAAUAUAUUGUAAGAAGUUAUAGUUUUAGUGGAAUUAUGUCCUUGUUUACGUGAAAGUGAAAAAGAACAGCCCGUCGAGUGCUACGCGGCCAUUUUACUUGCAAUGCGGCAACGGUGUACGAUCCGCCAUUGGAAACGGCUAGUGUCUUUCUCUGUGUAAUAUUUGUAUUUUGCCGAAUCGUUUCGGCCAAACCACUGAUAGCCAUGUGUGAUAAAAGUGAAGUGCGGACCUUAGUGUAGUGACACACGGUGAUCGUGUGAUCUGAAUGAUGUGCAAAAGAUGGAAAUCGAAGUGAAGCAGCGCAAUCAGAGGAACAGGCGAAGGGAGCGGGCCCAGCGCAUGCAAGCACAGCGAGAGAGCAAAGUUAAGGAUGGGGACAGCGGCGAGGACGAGUCUCCGGCGCGAGAGAAGCCGCCUCGUCCUCCGCCGCGGCGCAAGAAGUCGCGGGAGCCCCUGGCCGAGGAGGACAUCAUCGACGGGUUCGCCAUAAUGGCCUUCCGCACCUACGAGGAUCUAGAGGCUGCUGUGAAAUGUGCAUCGUCACCUCGCACCAACUCGCUGUCGACCAAGCCGCGGCUGCCGCUGCAGGCCCUCACGGGCGACGCGGCGCGGAUACACCCGCCCAACACCGUCAACUCCCAUCAGGGCAUUACGCUGCUUCAAGACGCUGGCACGUCGGACGACAGCGGGCGCGCCUCCGAGCGGCUCACUGGCAGCUCGGUGGCGCCCCGAGACCCCGACUCGUCCCGGGACCGCCUUAGUGAUGCCAGUAGCCGCUGUAGUUCCGGAAAAGGCUAUAUCUGUGAUAGUGAAGGCGACGACGAUAAGGCUAGUCCCGAUGCGUCGCCGCGGUACCACGAUGCGUCUAUGGAAGAUGUAUCCGAGGCCAAUGCACUGUUCAGGGUAGCGGGUGGGGGCGGAGGCGGCGCGUGCGGCGGCGCGGGCAAGAACGAGCUGGUGGCGCGCGGCGGCAGCGGGGGCGCGCUGGCGCUGUCCCGCGCGCCCGUGGGCGGCAGCGCCAGCCCCGCGCCCGCGCCGCUGCCGCAGCCCGCGCCCUCGCCCGCGCCCGCCGCGCUGCCGCCGCCCGCCCUGCCGCCGCCGCCCUUCCGCGCCGACACCCCCUCCCGCGCGGCCGGCGCGCACAUCCCCGCGCCCGACGGCCACGCCGCCACGCAGCUGCCGCGACGCGCCGCCACGCCCGAGCGCCCCGCCGCCGCCAAGCUGCAGGCGGGCGCGCGCGCCGCCGCCGACAGCCCCACGCCCGCGCCGCCCGCGCCCAGCCCGCUCUUCCCCUCGCACCCCGCCUACCCCGCGCACGCCGCGCUGCCUGACUACCGCCACACCAACCACGAGACGGCGCGCGGCAAGGCGCCCGAGCCGCCGCCCGCCGCCGCGCCGCUCAACCUGCACGCGCGCCCGCCCGCGCCGCCGCCCGCCGCGCCCGCCACCAGUCUUCCCGCGCAGCCGCGCCCGCCCACGCCGCCCGCGCCCGCCUCGCGCCCUUACCCGCUGCCCCCGAUCGGCUCUAGUCACAUUAACUCGAGUUUAAGUUCCAGUAUUCACAAUCACUCGGUACCGUAUCAGAGUCAGGCGAGUGUACAGAAACAUUCCGCGGCGGGGCCGUACGCUAGCAGGCCGGGCCACCUGGGCCCCUUCAGCGUGGCCAGCCACAUGGCGCCGAGCGCGCCCCCCGCGCACCCGCCGCACCCCCUGCACCCGCACCUCGCGCCGCCCGCGUCCAGCCACGCCGCCGCCGCCGCCGCCAACCACCUCCCCACGCAGACGCAUCUGUCCUCGACGCCGACGCACCUCACAACGUCAAGUCAUACGGGAACGACGCCCAACCAUUUGUCGACGACGCCAAACCACUUAUCGACAACGCCAAAUCACUUAACGUCUGCACCAAACCACCUGGUGUCAACGCCAAACCAUCUGGGAUCGAUGCCAAACCACUUAGGACCAACGCCGAACCACCUAGGAUCAGCGCCAAAUCACCUAGUUUCAACACCGAACCACCUAGGACCAACGCCGAACCACUUAGGAUCAACGACAAAUCAUCUAGGACCAAUGCCGAACCAUCUAGGAUCGACGCCAAGCCAUCUGGGACUGACGCCGAACCACCUAGUGUCGACGCCUAACCACUUAGUGUCGACAGCCAGCCACCUAGGCUCGACGGCGAACCAUAUUAUAGCGUCGACCCCCAGUCACAUGUCGACGCCGAAUCACAUAGCGUCCACGGCGAGCCACCUGCCACCUCCUAUUGGCUUGUCGAGUUCGAACGCGUUCUCGAGCUUCACGUCGACUGCUAAGUUGGCGCCGCACCCGGGUCUCGUCUCGUCAACGCCAGCAUCUAGUGCUUCAGUGACGAGCGAGAGCUCUCGGUCAGACGCUGUGGUGACGUCGGUGGCGUCGAACGGCUACCCGCCGCCGGCCGCGUACGCCGGCGCGUCGUACCCGCCGCUGUACGCGCCGUACGCGACCACGCUGCAGCACAGCCCCUACCUGCCGCCGGCGGCCGCCUCGCCACGGAACUCUGCUGAUACGCGGACAAGUCUGUCGGCGUCGCCGCUGGUCGCUCCGAAGACGCCCAAGGGCGUGCGUCCCCACACGCCCGGCUCCACGGGGGCCGCCGGCGCGCCGCACUACUCGCCCCGCGGACACAGCCCUAGCCGGGAGAGGGAUAGCUUCAGCAGUAGCAUAAGCAGUUUAUCGCGGGCGAGCGUCACGACGCCGGUGUCGUCGGCGGCGGCGGUGGUCACAGGCGCGGUAGGCAGCGGGGCGGGGCCAGUGCUCGCCCCGCCCCCUCUCGCCGUCUCGCUCGCACCGCCGCUGGCCGUCUCCCUCGCCCCUCCUAUACCGGCUCCCCUCGCAGCGCCGCUCGCGACACCCCUAGUCGCACCUCUACCUUCAGCACUAGCGGCGCCACUGCCCGGGCCACUACCCGCGCCACUGGCCGCGCCACUCGCCGCUCCACUCGCCGCUCCACUGGCCACGCCACUGGCCACGCCACUGGCCGCGCCACUAGCCGCGCCACUGGCUGCGCCGACGCCGACGCCCGCCGCGCCCACCUCCACGCACCUCACACAUUCCCUCGCGCCCGUGCCCACCGUCGGCAGCAUCAGCUCCAGUGCCAAACCACCCGCGCACUGGGGGGUAACCAGGAGCACGGAGCGGCCGGCCGGCUUCCCGCCGGGCCCGCCGCUGUUCGGCGCGCCGCUGCCGCCGCCCAACCCCAACCCCUUCUCCGCCGAGUCGCUCUUCCAAACAAGCCCUGGCGCGGACCUGCUGCGGCGCGAGCUGGACAGCCGCUUCCUGCAGGCGGCGGGCGGCUACUCGCGCACGGAGAUGCACCACCACCAGCACCAGCACACGCACGUGCACCAGCACCCGCACCAGCCGCCGCACCUCUACGCGCCGCCUGCUCCCCUGUUCAAGGACGUGAGCAAGAUGUCGCUGUACCGCUCCGGGCUGGGCCUCGGGUACCCGUACUCGUCGAGUCUGCUGCACCCGUCGGCGCCCUAUGUACCGCCGGCGCCGCUGUCGACCUUCGCGCCUAAGCCCGUAGUGUCGGCCGCCAGUGAUCCCGCCACUAAACCUCCACCUCGACCUGUCUCGAAGAGCGGCAAAUGGAACGCGAUGCACGUGCGCAUCGCGUGGGAGAUCUACAACCACCAGCAGAAGGAGAAGGCGAGCGGCGGCGGCGGCGCGCCGGACAAGGACAAGCUGCGCGCCUUCCCCCCGCCGCCCGCGCCCGCGCCGCCCGCGCCGCCGCCCGCCGCCGCCUACCGCUCGCCCUACGACCUGCCGCCGCCGUACCUGCCGCCGCACCAUCCGCACUUGGCAGGAGUGUCUCCGUUCGCGCGGUACGGAGCGAGCGGGUUCCCCGGCGCGCCGCCGCCCUUCGGCCUCUCGCCGUACGCGCGCGAGUUCGCGCUGUCGUCCUCGCUGCACGGCGUGCACCACCCGCCGUCGCUGGCCGCGCUGCACGAGGCGUGGCGCGCCGGCCCGCGCCCGCCGCCCGCCCUGGACGCGCGCCGCGAGCACGACGAGCGCGCGCGCCGCGAGCGGGACGAGCGCGAGCGCGAGCGAGACCGCCGCGAGCGCGAGGACCGCGAGCGACGCAAGCAGCGCGAGCGCGAGCUGGAGCGCGCCCGCCAGCGCUCCCCGCUGCGCAACGGCGCGCCCGAGCCGCCCAAGGAGGAGCGCAAGGAGGCGCCGCGCGGCCCGCCGCCGCUGCCCGCCUACCCGCCGCCGCCCGCCGCCUGGGACCCGUACCGCGCCGCCUUCGCCGACCCGCUGCACCACAUGCGCUUCACGCCGCUCGUGGAGGCCGCCAUCCGCGCCGAGGAGGACCGCAACAAGAUGCUCAACGCCUACGCGCACCACCAGCAACAGCUCAAGUCGGGCGCGCUGCUGCACCGCGGCCUGGCGCUGCCGCCGCUGCACCUCGCGCCCCACCCCGCGCACCCCGCGCACGCCCCCCACCCCGCGCACCCCUCGCACGCGCCGCACAACCCGCUCGACCUGCUCAAGAAGGAGGAGCCGCGAUGAUAGUGCGCCCCCCGCACGGCGGCGCCCGAGCCUCCCACUACAUAGUUAUCGUUUCGCAUUACCGAUCUAGAAAAUUAUUUAUUGUAAUGAAUAUGUCGCUUGCGAAGUCGGCCCCCUCGGACUAAAGUCUCGAAGUGCAAUAUGUAUUGUAUGUGAAGUAGAUCGACUCGACGGCGCCGCGCGGCACCCACACUGCUGCUUGUUUAUUUACAUAUAAAUAUCUAUCGAGUUGUUAUUGUGACCAUUUAGUUAAUUAUACAUCAAACGCUGAUUACGUGAAUGAUAGGAUUAUCGAAUCGCUAUCGAUAUAUACAUAUUUAUAUAUACCUAUAAAUAUAAUGUAAAUAUUAGUGUGUAAAUUAGUGUUUAAAUAUAGAAUUGGUUUAUUUAACGACAUACAAAGGAAAAUCCCAUAAAUUAUUAUUGUACCGGGAGUUAGUUUCACUUCCGUUAAAAUCUCAAUGGUGUUUCGAUUGUACCAGUGGAGUAGAACUAUUUAUUUAUUUAUACUCCUUUCAUUGUGUUUAGAAUAGAAAGUAAUCCAAACUAAAAUGUAAAAAAUCUACAUACUUUUGUUAUAGCCAUUUCAAUUCAGUUUAUGUAAUGCAUUUAAAUUAUGUGAUAUUAUUGUAUGAAAACAUUUUGUCUGACUUCAAAGUAGUGUCUUUCUCAGAUUUAGAUCUAAUUAUAAUCAAUACAUAAUGUUCAUAUUUGUAAAAAAAGAUUUAAGUGUUUCAUAAAUUAUUAAUUAAGAAAUCGUCUUUAUUUCAAUCAUUUCAUGACAAAUAAUGACAGACGAAAUCAAGAAUGAUGUAAUUAAAUUGAUAAAAAUGAACUUGAAUGUGCCAUUGAUAAAGCAAUGUUUCAAUGUUGAGUCAGACAAAAUUCAAAUUUCCUUUGACUAAGUUCACUCUGAAUGAAAUGAAUCUGGCUGUUUUCUAAAAUCUUUUGGAGAAAACAAAAUCAAAAAUGUAUUAUAGUUAUACAAAAUCAGUCUGUAUACUAAAAAGUAAAUGAAAGCUUGGUGCGAUUCAGAAAAUACCAUUAAAACUUUUGAUUUUUAUACCAAA